GUCUCAACACCGUUGUAAACUUGUAUUAUCAGUUAGAGAGAAAGGGAUCGGAGAAGAUGGAAUUCAAGAAUUCCACCUUUAUCAAGCUCUUGAUCGUACAAUGCCUAUCUUUAUUUGGCCUUGCUCAAAACUUCGAUUUCUUCUAUUUUGUCCAACAGUGGCCAGGUUCAUAUUGUGACACACAACAAAGUUGCUGCUAUCCCACCACUGGAAAACCUGACACUGAUUUCGGUAUCCAUGGACUUUGGCCCAAUUACAACAGUGGCUCCUACCCAUCGAACUGCGAUCCUAACAGCCCUUUUAAACAAUCAACGGUUUCGGACUUGAUCAGCAGUCUUCAAAAGAGUUGGCCGACGCUGGCAUGCCCAAGUGGAAAUGGAUUGUCGUUUUGGUCGCACGAAUGGGUUAAACAUGGGACAUGCUCGGAGGCUGUGCUUGACCAACACGGGUACUUCAAAUCAGCUCUCAAACUGAAAUCACAAAUAGACCUACUGCAAAUUCUUCUGGGGGCAGGAAUUAAUCCCGAUGGCAGGUCUUACAGCGUUAGCAGCAUUCAAAAUGCCGUAAGAAAUGCAAUUGGGUCGACUCCGGGGAUAGAAUGCAAUGUCGAUGCAUCUGGUAACAGCCAAUUAUACCAAGUUUACAUAUGUAUCGAUACUUCAGGAUCGAACAUAAUCGAAUGUCCAGUUAUGCCCAACAGUGAUAGAUGUGAUUCCGCCAUUGUGUUUCCUGCUUUCUAGCCAUGGUUUAUUAGUCUUGCGAGAAAUGUCGCUCGUUUAUGUCUGGUUCAGUUCAAUAAUUGUACUGUAACCAUGUCUUAAGUGCAAUUAUUUGAAAUUACGUACAGAGCUUAACGGUGCAGGUUGCAAUAUUAAUUUCUUGUUCCUCUUGUUUAUCAUA